GCUCCAGUAGAGUGAAGGUUCUAGUAGAGAAGCCAACCGUCAUUCUCCUCCUUUCUUCCUUCAAGGGUGCGCGCAUCACUUGUAGGAGACCAAAACGAAGAAGAAGAAGAAGAAAAGACGCUCGCGACUCACUCUUUCACCGUCUACUGGCUCGGUUCGACGCGACUUCGUGGUUCCGGACGAUAUCCCUCCCUCCUACUUUCACCCCGGCUUUAUUUGACAUUUCCAUCCCCACUUUCUGACUCAGAGAGGCGGACUGGCUAACGCUGACUGGGCGUAGCUGGAGAGGGUCCUGCUAGCUUGCAGUCGCUCUAAACCGAUUGAUCCUCGCGCUCUGAAGCUGUAUUCAUCCUCUGAGGCUUAAGUCCACCAGUCUUUCCCUGCAGAGAAAGACCACCACCAUCCAAAGGGGAGAUGAAGCCGGAUGGGGUUGCCACGGCAGCAAUGGAGCCAAUGGAAACACUGGACUCUAACCCAGUAAACGAGGCAGCAGGACAGGAGCCUGACCCUGCAGUCGCGGCGGCAGAGGAGACGCCACAACAUCCCGCAGGGGAAACGGGCGAAGCGGAGCCUCAGGCAGAUCUGGAUAAGAAAACCUCAGCAGGCAAAACCGCCAGCAAGUCCUCUGGUGACACCAAAGCCAAGGCUACCAACAAGGCCACUCCUAAGACGAAAACCAGCACCCCGUAUGCAUCCAAGAAUCCAUCCGGCACCCGUUCCACUGCACCCCAGAGCCGUCUGGCCAAUGGCACGUCGAAGCCCGCGAGCAACGGCGUGACUAAGAAGGCGACGCCCACUGCAGACAAAAAGAGCACCCCUACGUCUGCUUCCAUCAAAAAACCCGCUGGGACAGCAGGGGCACCAGCUUCCAAGGCCCCCGCUAAGGUCGCUGAGAAAAAGACUCCAGGGAGCGCCAAUGCCAGCAACAGUGUAAAGUCAACAACCGGCGCACCAGCGGCCAAAAAGGCCUCACACGGUGCAACCAAUGGUGUCAAACCCAGCACUACCACUACAGCUGCUGCUGCUGCUGCUGCUGCUAAGAAGCCCCCAGCUCCCAAACCUACUUCUGCAGCUCCGUCCAAGACCAGCUCUGCUGCGGCGUCCAAACCUCUGCCUCCCAAAACAACCCGGCCUACAGCAGGCACAGCAUCAUCUAGACCAGCGACUGGGUCAUCUCAGUCAGCCGGCCCAGCCAAGAGCUCCACAGCUACAUCCAAACCUGCUACCCCGAAACCGGCCUCAGCUAAGACUGCUACUCCCAAGUCAAGCCCUGCUACCCCCUCUAGUGGCAAACCGCCUCUAUCACAGGCUAAAAACAAAACCCCUGUGAAAAAAGAUCUUACCAAACCAGCAACUCCAGCAGCCAAAAAACCUGUAGAAUCCCCCCUUAGUCGCCCUUCCUCUAUAACAAAGUCUGCUAAACCAGAGACCCCCAAAACAAAAUUAGAUGUCUCCGCCAAAAAGCCUCCCACUAAUAAGAGUGUGGAAACAAAGACACCAAGUCGCCCCAAACCACAAGAGAGUAAGCCCACACCUUCCAAGGAUGCCUCCAAGAUCACCAAAACACCUACAAAUAAGACCUCCAGCCCCAAGAAAACUGUUGGAAGUACGACUCCAACUCCUGUCAAACGAGGUCCUAAAGUUGCCACAAUUAUUGAGCGUGGAAAGGAAAUAGCUGGAGUAGUUGCUGCUGCUGCAGCAGUUGCUACUGCAGCAUCGGUGUUUGCAAACCCAGAAGAGUCUCAGCCUCCUGCCGAAGAUAAUGCCAAGACAUCAGGGCUCAAUGUUAAGGAGGACCAUGAGAAGAUACAGGAGCCUGUAAAUGACCCAUCUGCAGAGCCCCUGAGGGAACCGACACCAGAGCCCGUGAAGGUACGGGAACCAACACCGGAGCCCCUGAGGGACCCGACACCAGAGCCUGUGACAGAGCAUACACCAGAGCCCAUGAAGGUACGCCAACCGACACCGGAGCCCCUGAGGGAACCGACCCCAGAGCCCCUGAGGGAACCGACCCCAGAGCCCCUGAGGGAACCGACCCCAGAGCCCGUAAAGGUUAGGGAACCGACCCCAGAGCCCGUAAAGGUUAGGGAACCGACCCCAGAGCCCGUAAAGGUUAGGGAACCGACCCCAGAGCCCCAGAGGGAACCGACCCCAGAGCCCCAGAGGGAACCGACCCCAGAGCCCCAAAGGGAACCGACCCCAGAGCCCCAGAGGGAACCGACCCCAGAGCCCCUGAGGGAACCGACCCCAGAGCCCCUGAGGGAACCGACCCCAGAGCCCCUGAGGGAACCGACCCCAGAGCCCCUGAGGGAACCGACCCCAGAGCCCCUGAGGGAACAGACACCAGAGCCCCUGAGGGAACAGACACCAGAGCCCGUAAAGGUUAGGGAACCAACCCCAGAGCCCGUGAGGGAACCAACCCCAGAGCCCAUGCGGGAACCCACUCCCGAGCCUGUGAGGGAACGGGAAGCUACUCCAGAACCUGUGCGGAUGUGGGAGCCAUCUCCUGAACCUGUGAGGACACCAUCACCAAACGCCCUGCGGGAACCGACACCAGAGCAAAGAAGUGAAGCAGCCACCGGUGUCCGGAUGUCACCUCAGAUGACUGCUUUUGAAUUAGAGGACACGGGCUCGGCUCCUUCCUUAGGAACUACGGUCAUGUCUCCUCCCUGCUCCCCAGCAGGACCUGCCUCUCCUGUUAGAGAAUCACAGAACGACUCCUCUCUGUUAGACUUGGAUGAGCCCUCUAACUCCUGGAACACAAACAAACCCGCAGCUAGUCUGGCACCCCAGAACCUGCUUAACGUGAUGACAUUCCAGGCAGGGGAGGACACAGAGAAGGAGUAUGAUGUUCAGAGGAUGCAAGGUUAUGAGGAGGAGGAAGAAGAUGAGGAACCGGCAUUUCCCUCCACAGCUCCAGGGGCCUUUUCUGCAGUUGGAGAGCCUCAGAAUUUCGGUGCUUUGCCUUUAGAUGAUUAUGUCCACAGAGAUCUGCUGUCGCCUCAUGACAAAGAGGAGGCAGUGGAAAAGGCAGAUGAAGAGAUCAAUGAGGAUGACGAUGAUGACUAUGAAUAUGAAGAAGAGCGGAGACAAGGUCACCAGCUCUCAUCUUUGGUCACCGACAUGAGUACAUCCCAACCCUCCGACGACUUCCAGGCAAGGUCAUCGGCAUUCGGAGGUUCGGCCGGUUGGCACGGCGAUGACCUGCUGUCUGGGAUGGACUCCGAAGACAUGAGCAGCUGCACCAGUAGCCGGCAGCAGGGGGUGUCGGACCUCAGCAGCACUCUGCACACGGCUCUACUGGAGGGAACGCAGAGCUCAGACGCCUUGAUCGACUCCAGCCUCAGAGGCUCUGAGGGAGACGGAAACCUCAUGGGUUCCCCUAAUGUGGAAACGCUAGCCAACGAGGAAGAAGAGGAUGAGGAUGAUGAGCGAGUGGAUGACAUGGACCUGAGCGAGGAGCAGCACAAAGUGUUCCAGGAGCACAAACAGGAUGAGGAAGAUGAUGAGGAUGUGGAGAUGCACAGCGAAGGUGUGACUGAGAGCGGUGGCAAUGUGGACGAGGAUUUUAACGAGGAGAACCUGAACCACCUGACCCACUCUGGCCCCAUGUCUGUUGGCCCCGCUGCUUCCUCCUGGGGUCAGACCAACCCCUUCUCAGAUAGGUGGGCUCAGCCGGCCUCCCAGCCCCCUAUGUCCUCCCCCAGCCCAGUGUCUGACCACGACGCGGCCGAAUCAGAGACGCCCACCCAGUCUCCUGCUCAAGCUCGUGUUGACGGCGGGGCACCUUCCUUCCCUCAGCAGACAGCACAGGAACCCCAGCACCAUCUCUCAGCCCAAGGAGACGAUGACGACAUUCUCGCCCAUCCAGCUGGAGGCGUGCCCCAGUCCGACGCACCGCACGCUCACAGCGGCAGCGAGACGAGCACCCCGGAGGAUCCCGGUGAUUACGACAGCAGCUCUGGAGUCGAGUCCCGCUCUGACAAACAGCAGACCCCUGUGCCUGCGGCCGGUCAGCCCGUUAUGGACCAGGAUUUAGGAAUUCACCUGGAGAAAGGCGAUGGAGAGGAGGAGGAGGCUGAGACUCUGCCUGCAGAUGAAGUUCUCGGAACGGGAACCCCAACCGCCCCCGCCUCCGUCCCUUCAUCUCCAUCUUCCUCUGGCGACGAGGCCAGCGACACAGAGGGGGAGAUACAGAUCAACGACCCAGAGGCACCGAUGAUGAUGAUGAUGGAUGAUGAAAGGGCAGCGUUUGAAAGUCCCCCUCCCACUGUUAGCUUACCGGCUCUGGAGGAGGAUGAGGAGGCAGGAGAUCUGCCAGCAGGAGAGGGUGAAGAGGAUGGAGGUGGAGCAACCCCUCAGUCAGCCAAUUCCGUUGCAUCUUAUGGCUUCGACUGCACCACAUCCAACGCUCACUCCAUGGCUGAGAGCUGCGGGAAGAGCCCGGGGAUCUUCUCCCUGGAGAACGAGGAACAACUUCCUGAGGAGGCCAAGGACCCCUCCCUCAUCAAGGAGCUUACUGUGCCACCGUCUGCUGCCACGGCUCAGGCCGACGACCUGCUGGGCAGCGCCGUAGACCUGAUCCCUUUGGUCUGCCACGGAGAAGACUUCCCCGGUCUGGACCAGCACCACUUCUUGCUCGGAGGAAAGGUUGCUGUAGAUCACCGGGAGAAGGGGAACCCCCUGGAGGGCAGCGAGGACCUGGUGGACCAGGAAUGCGGCGAGUCAGACAACAGCCAGACACCUUACUUCUCCACCAUAUGUGAUAAGACUGAUAGUUUCCUGGAAGGUAACGUAUAAGGCCCCCCUCCGUCAUCCCUGGAAUGCACCUUUUUCCUGCAACUCUCCCCUUCCCCCCCCGAUGUUUGUUCUUUCCUCCGGUCGGAUUAGAUGUCUUAGCAGAAAACAAGGAGACCAAGAUUGUAGGCACAGAUUUUUUGAAAAAUGAUCGAAGGAGACGGAAAAAAAAAAGACUGUAGCGAUUUUUAAAUGAAGCCUCCCUCUUUCUUACCACGUUCUGAGUGUACGGCUAAAACUCCGUUAUGUACCAUAGCUAUGAUCUUUUCUAGUCGAAUGUUCUUUUUAAGUAACGCUGCAUAUUCUGUUGCCCACGACGGCGAAUUGACUGGUUGGUCCAUUUUAACUGGGCCUUUAAACUGAGAAAGAGCAAAGAAACACCGAUGGAAGGAUACGGACUCAUUGUGUAUUUAUCCUACUGUUUUUACCAACAAAUGUUUUUUUGUUUGUUUUUUGUAUUUGCUUUGUUUUGGGGUUUUUUUUCCUGUUAAACCUGGUCCUCCUUACCCUGUGUGCACUCUCCAUGUUCUGCACUAUAGCGAUAGUCACGUAUUAAUUUUUAAACCUUUCUGUUGUUCCAAAUCUUUCAGCUUUAUUGAUAAUAAAGGUUAGUUAUUAACA